UACCUCUUUGUAUUUCCACCAAUAGCGUACCUGGUUUGUAAAGUAUGAAAAUGGCGGCUCUCUGUAGUGAGUUUGGGGAUCUGGUACAAAUCAAGAAACAGCUAAUAUCGAUCAUAUCGCUUUGUAAAGAAAGAGGGCUUUUACAAAGCGGGAAGUGGGCUUCUGAAUUGGCAUUUGCUUUGGACCCUCUGCCCAAGGAUGAAUUACCCCCAUCACCUCCUUUUACUGAGCAAGAUGCACAAGACCUGGAUGCACUUACACUGGCCAAAUCCUACUUUGACCUGAAAGAGUAUGACCGUGCUGCGUACUUUCUGAAAGGCUGCUGCAGUCAGAAGGCUUAUUUCCUCUACAUGUAUUCACGCUAUCUGUCGGGCGAGAAAAAGAAGGAUGAUGAAACUGUGGACAACCUGGGUCCUCUGGAGAAGGGUCAGGUGCGCAACGAAGCCUUGAGAGAGCUGAGGGUUGAGCUCAGUAAGAAGCAUAUUGCAGGAGAGUUGGACGGGUUCACCCUGUACUUGUACGGGGUGGUGCUACGAAAGCUGGAUCUGCUGAAGGAGGCGGUGGAGGUCUUUGUUGAGGCAAUACAUGCACUUCCUCUUCACUGGGGAGCCUGGCUGGAGCUUAGUAACCUUGUCACCAACAUUGAAAUGCUAAAGUCCCUGUCUCUGCCAGACUGUUGGAUUAAAGACUUCUUUGUGGCCCACAUGUACACAGAGCUGCAGAUGAUCAAAGAAGCGUUGCAGAAAUACCAGAACCUCAUUGAUGCUGGCUUUUCUAAGAGCACCUACAUCAUCUCACAGAUUGCAGUCGCCUACCACAACAUCAGAAAUAUUGACCAAGCUUUGGCUCUGUUCAAUGAGUUGAGGGAGCAGGAUCCGUAUCGCAUCGACAACAUGGACACGUUCUCCAACCUGCUCUACGUCAAAAGCAUGAAGCCAGAGCUGAGCUACUUGGCCCACAACCUGGUGGAGAUCGACAAGUACAGAGUGGAGACGUGCUGCGUUAUCGGUAACUAUUACAGUUUACGCUCUCAGCAUGAGAAGGCAGCUCUGUACUUCCAGCGGGCCCUCAAGCUGAACCCUCGCUGCCUUGGCGCCUGGACCCUCAUGGGCCAUGAGUACAUGGAAAUGAAGAACACUUCAGCUGCCAUCCAGGCCUACAGGCAUGCCAUUGAAGUGAACAAGCGGGACUACCGUGCCUGGUAUGGCCUGGGUCAGACAUAUGAGAUCCUCAAGAUGCCCUUUUACUGUUUGUACUAUUAUCGAAAGGCUCACCAGCUUAGGCCCAAUGACUCGCGCAUGUUGGUCGCCCUGGGUGAAAGCUACGAAAAACUGUCGCAGCAAGUGGAAGCCAAGAAGUGUUACUGGAGGGCAUACUCUGUUAGAGAUGUAGAGAAAAUGGCUCUACUCAAACUGGCAAAACUCCAUGAACAGCUGAAUGAGUCUGAGGAUGCUGCCCAGUGUUACAUGCUUUACAUCCAAGACAUUUUCUCUUGUGGGGAACAACUGGAACAUGCUGAGGUGAGCACAGCCCUGCGGUACCUGGGCCAGUACUACUUCAAGAACAAGCUCUACGAUGAGGCGUCCUUCUAUGCUCAGCGCUGUUGUGACUACAACGAUGCUCGCGAAGAGGGAAAGGCUCUGUUGAGGCAGAUCUCACAGGUCAGAGAUCAAAUUGAGACGCCAUCCGCAGAUCUGUUCGCUCCACUCUCAAACAGCAACACUCCCGUCAGGAGGGUGUCUCCACUCAACCUCAUCUCCUUCACACCCUGACACCCACCCUCCCAUUUGCUGGCUUUAAAAUGGACAAUAUGUGUAUCCUGUGAUAUGAAACUACUUAGGGGGGUUGACUUUGCCAAAUGUCAGUGUUUUACAGGUCAGGAUUUACUUAUUGAUGCGUAGAAUUGUUAAUUACAUUAAACUACAUUUGUAAAGUUUGCAA